UUGCUAGCUACUUUUAAAAAUGGCAAAUAUUGCAGCAGGCAUUAACACAGUGACUAUUCUUGAGCACCACCGUGUGUCACCACCACUUGAUCCUUCCAUGACCGUAAAGCUCUUACCCCUCACUUUUUUUGACAUGAUGUGGCUAACCUUGCCCCCCUUUAGCCUUGUUUACUUCUAUGAUUUCCCAUGUUCUACAUCUCACUUAUUGGAAACGCUUGUUCCGCCUCUUAAGAAAUCACUUACCCUGGCUCUUAAAUACUAUUUUCCUUUGUGUGGUAAUCUUAUAAUCCCCACAACUCUUACCAGUAAUACCACCCCUGCAAUACGCUACUCAAAACAUGACUCAGUUUCACUAACAAUAGCUGAAUUCAGUGGUGCUACUUCCCAAGGAUUCGAGCAUCUCUCUGGGAAUCAUCCUCGGGAUGUUGAUGAGUUGUUUGCACUUGUUCCUCAACUUCCACGAGGUGAUACUGAGUCAGUUGAAGAUGACAGCGUUUUGGUAUCUCCCGUUUUAUCUAUUCAGGUAACCCUGUUUCCGGACCAUGGAUUCAGCAUCGGAUUUACAAACUCCCAUGUUGCUGCUGAUGGAAAAUCUUUGUCCAAUUUUAUCAGGACAUGGGCUUCUAUUAACGCUAAGCACCUGAUCGGUGUAUGUAAUUAUGAAAUUUUAGAUACUCUGCCCUUUUAUGAUAGAAAUGUGAUUAAAGAUCCCAAGGGAAUAGCUUCAAAUUUCUUCAAGGUGCAACAUGAGAAUUCUGGAGCCAUUUCUUAUGCAGCACCAAAUAAUAAAGACUGGGUUCAAUCCACGUUUGUGAUGAAUAUAGCGCAGAUACAAGCAGAGGCGGAUCUUAGAAGGGGCAAGAGGGGGCAACUGACCCCCCUUAAAUUUUUUCAGAUCCGCCACUGGAUACAAGGACUCAAGAACUUGGUGAUGGACAAAAUCCCACAUGUGUCAACUUUUAUGGUAGCAUGUGCCUAUUUGUGGACUUGCAUGGCCAAGACACGGGAAGCUUUAGGCCAUGAAACUGAAGUGGAGCAGCAUUUGCUUUUUGGCAUGGAUGCCAGGGCUCGUUUGGAUCCGCCAAUACCUGCAAAUUAUUUUGGGAAUGUGGUUUUGGUCUGUUGGAAUACCCUAAAAACCAGGCAAUUGGUAGGUGAGGACGGGUUCUGUAAUGCAGUUCAAGAAAUGAAAAAGUUCCUGGAUGAAAAGAUUAACAGUGACGAGGGAGUUCUCAAAGGUUUAGAGACGUAUUUUGAUGAUAUUGAAGCUGCAAAAUGGCAGACAACACUCGCGGUUGCCGGAUCACCAAAAUUUGACUGUUAUACUACAGAUUUUGGUUGGGGAAAACCCAAAAAGUACGAAUAUGUAUUUAGGACUUAUGCUUGUGGACUCAGCGGAUCCAGGGAUUCAAAGGGAGGUCUGGAAAUUGGAUUAUGCUUAUCAAAAACUGAGAUGAACACUUUCUCUACCAUCUUCAUUCAAGGAUUAAUCAACUAAUCCAUAGCUUGUUUAUAUUUCUACCAUUUUAUAAUUAUGUAAUGAAUAAGAUCUCAAUGCCCUACUAACGAGGUAUUGCUCA